UUGCGUCCACUACUUUUUUGAGUUAAAGUCUUCGAUCAUCAAAUUCAGGGGUCCCAAAAAGUCAUCCCAACCAAAAAGCCGUUCAACGGACAUCGGAAUCUAAGAUCCAACAAACCUUGUUUAGCGAGAAUCAGAAAUUCUUCAAAACCUAACCCUCGUAUACUCCGAAUCUCAUUUUUGUUUUGCUUUCCUUUGCUCGGUUUCUGAAGAUUUCGUCGUAGACCGAUCCUUUGGUGUAGGGUUGUGUUGUGUGUGUCUGUCUUCCACGAUGGAAGGGGUUUCGGAUCAAGGCACUAGUACAUGCUCUCACUGUGAUCGGGCUAUCCCUGCUGCAAAUAUUGACUUGCAUUAUGCUCAUUGUUCUCGGAACCUUGAGAAAUGCAAAGUUUGUGGUGAUAUGAUUCCCAGAAAAACUGCAGAGGAUCACUAUUUAAGCACCCAUGCGCCUGUUUCUUGUUCAUUAUGCAGUGAGACAAUGGAGCGUGAUAUUUUAGAUAUCCAUAAAGGUGAAAAUUGCCCUCAAAGGAUUGUGACUUGUGAGUUCUGCGAGUUUCCAUUGCCAGCAAUUGAUCUGGCCGAACAUCAGGAAGUAUGUGGGAAUCGAACAGAACUUUGUCACCUUUGUAACAAAUAUGUUAGACUUCGUGAAAGGUUCAGCCAUGAAGCUCGGUGCAAUGGCAUCCAAGAUAGUGCUGUCACUUCUGUGGGCCCUUCAAGGAAUGUGAGGGAAGCUGAGAGAGAGGAAGGUCCUCGAAGGAGGCAGAAUGACUUCUCAACUGGACGCCUUCUUUUCACAAUAGCCAUCACUGGUAUUGCUGUCAUACUGGGAUCAUUUUUUCUACAGAGGAAGGCAGAGCCCAGUGAUGUGCAUUAGCAAUAGCAACAAAGCCGAAUCAUUUUAGGAUCCUGCAUUUUCUGUAUAAUCCAUUCCCUUGCAUCAGAAGCCGUAUGAGAUAUACUUUUGCUAGCGUAAUGUAGAAGUGUAGAACACAUCGGCAUUGUCAUUAUAUAAAAUAUAUAUUUAGUUAUAUACUUCACUGAAAAUGACUGUUGCUCUGCAUUUGAUGAAAAAUAUUUGAAAGUUUUAGGAAAAUUUAUGUUCCUUUUUAUAUAUGGAUUCUGUUAAAGACCUUGACCAUGUGUUAUUUUUGUACCAUGGUCCUUAAAAGCAUGUAUGUGUAAAAGGUCAUUUAUCA